AGUUGAGUACGAACACGAAGUACCGUACCGUACUUCACUACUUCGAAUUGAAGUAAUGAAGGAAACAUGGUAUUUCUGUGAGCAAAAUACUUUUGAUACUUUCGCUCUAUCGAACGUCCAAGGAAGAAAAAGAUGAUACGAAUCCUUUCUGCUGUACUUUGGGCUUUUCUCUGCGUUGUUUCCAUCCCAUCGUCUGAGGUUCGAAACACUGCUGCGGUGACAGCAUUCGCACCGAGCCUUUCUCGCCAUCACCAAAAGCUCAAGGUUCCAGUCGAUCUCCAUGUCGGACAGCUGCGCACUCUUUCAUUACCGAAAAUUCCAUCCGUAAGAGUUGUUGCGCAGUCGCCGGCUUCAGCCAGAACGACUUGUACAAGCCUACCCAGUGCAAAAGUCCUGCCCUUCGUUUAUACCGGAUUUUCAGGGGCACUCCUGUACAAGGCCACAAGACUAUCGACCGACUGUUCGGAGACAAUUGUCCUCGUGGCUGUUUCGGCUCUAUCGUUUUUGAACCUGGGUCCAUCUGACAAUGCCCGCCUUGCGUCGGCGAAACGUGCCUACAAAAAGACGGAACCGGCCUCCGCCGGGAAAGAAAAGCAGGCCCGCCAAGCCGCUCUCACCUGGAAGAAGGCGGUGAGGAUAAAGAUAAUUGGGCAAGUCAUAGGUUUAGGGCGAAUGGUACUGGCUAAGGAAUGUAGGGGCGUUAUGAAAGGCGCAGCGUGGGUCAUGGGAGCUACCCUGGCAUUUCUCAUGGCUGGAGGCGGCAGCGCCCGCCACGACGACAUGGGUAACUUGAAGCCCAUUCCAGAGAAGGCGCUGAUGGGUAUAAUGACAAUCGACGCAAUUCUAUUUGCUGCGGCCCUGUUGGCGGCAGAACCUUCGUCGUCAUUAGGUUUUGUGGCAGCUGUGGUAUAUGCUGCCGGGGUCUCUGUUGGGAGCCUGGAAGGCGUUCCUCAGUUCCUAAAAGCCAUGAAGGGCAACAAGAGCAACUGAACUGCAAGUGAGACUCCACUCUGUUUGUGCAACAUGGUAUACAGCUCUAGAUGUAUCAAAGGAUCAAUCGGUCCUUCGAUCGAAGUUGUAUAACUCAUGAAAUAACCAAAUAAUAUCAUUAUUUUACA